GUGUGUCCGCCGCUGUCGAGUAUAAGCUGGCUGUGGUGAUCCCGGUCCACGGCCACUCCUCUGCCUCACACAGUCCCUCACACACACUCACUGUCACACACAGAGGAAGGUGUGUGUGUGUGUGUGACCAGCUGCACUCUCUCUUUCUCUGGAUUUAUUUUAAUUUUUUAAACAUUUUUAGAAAUAAAUCAUCGCCAUCAUGUUGUGGACGGCGACUCAAGUCUUGAGGAAAUUCUCCACCUCGUCCGUGAGUAACGCUGCGUGUACUGCACCAGAGCGUGGACGGUGCCUCUUCUGUUUACGGUGCAUUGUUAGACAAUCACAGAAGUGGGUGUUUUACAUGUUACAUGUUCAGUGUUCAGUGUUAAAUGCAUGCCGUGUUGUCGGGACGUGAAGCGGACUCGGCUCUGACUGCGGAUCAGUGAGUCAUAGUUCAGGUCUGGGUCUUUAAAGCCCCCCUGCUGCUGCUGCCUAUCUGAACCCUCAUUGGUGUGUGAGGGACCAGGCUGCUGCCACGUUACUGUCUCUGCUCAGACUGAACCGGCCUCUACUGUACAAGACCUGCAGGAGUUGCAUCAGCCUGAGCUCCCCUCGGCUCAGUCCGGAUCCUGCAGGGCUGCGAACGACCCUUAUGAAAGCGUGAAACGGGCACUAGGACUGUGCGCGUGUUUUGCAACCGUUGCAGUUGGUGGCAGCCUGGAGUUGGUGCCUCAUGCACUUGACAGGUCCAUUCAUCUGAGCAGGAGAAACCUGAGACCCCUUCACACACACACACACGUGUGCAGACUAGAGUCAGGAACUGCUCAGGCUGAGGGCAGAGCUUUCUCUCAGCCAAUAGAGUCUCUCAGAACCGGUUUUAACCAAAGACUCAGGUUUAACGACCUUUGGAAGGGGCGGACCUGCAGAUUUAGGGGCCCAGACAUCAUGGGGCCCCCUCUGUCUAAACUAAACCCUCAUACAGCGUUAAAAAAAAGCCGCUAACUUUUAACUGCUUCAAAAAUAUAUCAGAUUAAUAUUUCUUUUAAUUUUUUUGCAUAAAUCUGUUAAACAACUUCAGUCCUGAUCAAAACUACUAAAUAUUUAAAAAAGAAAACAGGAUCUUAACCCUUUAAGUGCCGAUUUAGAAGAUGAAGUCACUGAUUUUUGGAGGGGAAAAACACAAAAUUACUGUAUUUUUAAUAUAAAAUAUAAUGGGGAGAGGAAUUUUUUUUACCUGCUAUCACAGUCUUGGAUAUGUCAAAGAUUAGUAACAUAUUAAGUUUUUAUGCAUAUUUAAUUUUCGUGCAGCAACAGAUUUUUUAAAAACUUCCUUUGAUGGUCUUAGUGGCUGUUUUCGCCCCAUUGACUCCCAUUAUAACCACAUGUUUUGAAUGCAGAGACACGGCGCUAUAUUAACAUAAUUUUUACAGUCGGGAUUAUCAACCCUGUUCAGAAAGGAUCGAAUUAGGUGAUUUUACUUUUAUCACCUGGUUUACCCAUUUACCCGUUACAUAGGCCUGCUGUAUUACUAGUCUAGUAAAAAUAUUAAUCUGAUAUAUUUUUACAGAAGUCAAAGUUCGUGGAUGAAAACAGCCUCUAAUACCGCUAAAGGGAAGUAAAUUUGCAGACAGUGUACUAUUAACUAACUAAAUCUAAAUCAUAUCAUGUCAGCAGAAAUCGUACCAUCUGCUGCAAUACAGUGAAAGUUUUGGUCAAAUUAAGAGGAAAAAGGGACCCUUGGUGGAAGUUUUGUCUCCAAUACUGUAGAAGACUUAAAACAGAAACGAAUAUUUUAAACACGUCUGCAGUCAAAGGAAAAUUAAUACCAAAAUAUCUCAUUUAUUCAAUUCUGUUUUUAAAUGAUGAAGAUAAAACAGUGAGCUAACAUUUUUGAUUAUCGGGGAUUUUUAAGACUGUAAAUUCAUUACAUAAGACUUAAGUAACACAACAGGUGUUCAGAUAAAAAAGUGUUAAAGGAGAGAAAAGAAAGUGAGACUUUCACCUGACAAGGACAAAAAUAACUUUAGACAGCAUUUCACCCUGAUGACACCAUGGAUGAGCAGAUGCUGAUUCUAGAAGUCUAGAAGUAGAUUUCCUCCUCUGGAAGGACACAAUCUACUGCUUAUAUGUCUAUGUGUCUGUCUUUAUAGAGACAACUCAUUAUCCCGUGAUUGCACGUGAAUCCGCAGGUUCUUGUGAGUUCUCACGGUUCCUGCUGUCCGUAAGCCGCCAUGAAAUUCGCCUCACAAACAGAUCUGGUAGGAAUUGGCGUACGGAGAAAAUCGUCGCCAUUCUGGAUCGGAUCACAAGCCACGAUUGGUUAUAAUAUUCAAAACUCCUGCAGGGAACUUUUGGUAGAUUUGCGUUGAUUUCGGCGCCCCCUGUGGACAAAACACUGCAUCUUAUCUCGUAACAUUUUUCCUGUUCUUGCGUAAGUUGUCGUCACAUCCGACUUUAUUUUAAAGCAUCAGAUAAAUCACUCAUAAUUAAUCGUCACGCGCACUUAUAGAAAUCUAUAAUCUGAAGGAGUCAUCAGCCUGUAGACGCCCUCGUCUUCCUCACACGUUCAUCUGUAUUUCUGCAAACUCACUGCAGUACGUCUUUGACCGCUCAUGUUAAAGUCAGGCAGGUGCAGGUGUCUCUGAGUCAGGUGUGCACUUUGUUGUUGUGUAACCUUUGCUGCUAAGAUGUUUGGUCAGAAAGGGUUAAAUUCUCGUCUACUGAACAAAAGCUGUGUCGACAUUUUCAGACAUUUAUCAUGAUUGUGUAUUAAAGGUCUAAGAAUAGAGGGUGUUGUUUUAGGAAAGGACUGUAAACACUGUAAAAAAUGGGUCUGCAGGUGUGUUAAACGUAUUCAGUGUGUCUGUGUUUGCUCCGUUGCAGCAUUACUACCAGAAUAAGCUGAAACUAGCGAUCAUUGGCCAGAGUCUGUUCGGUCAGGAGGUGUACAGCAACCUGAGGAAGCAAGGACACAAGGUGGUAGGAGUGUUCACGGUCCCUGACAAGGAUGGGAAAGCCGACCCUUUGGGUAAGUUUGGACUCCUCUCUCUCUCUCUCUCUCUCUCUCUCUCCCUCCCUCCAGACUAAUGGUUGACCUGUUAACGGUUUAUUCCACCUCUGCUGGGUUUAGUCCUUCAGUUUGGUUGUUUGAAUUGACCGCUUUUGCACAGAAUAGUAAUUUUUAUUAAAUUAGCUGUAGAAAAAUGGAGAGUAUGUAGUUGUGUUAUUGCUGCAUGCACGUACAUGUAACACUACUUUAAGGCUAAGUAUAUUUGUAUCAGAAGAUUCUGGUUCUUAAGGAGCCUGAUGUGUGGUUGACUGAUACUCAGACAAAGAUAUGUUUUUUUUAUGUUUUGUAUUCAAACAAUAUAUACACAGAAUGAACAACAAAAAGAAAACAAAAACAGUUAUUGCAAUUUAAAAAAUGGUUGAGAUUUUGUCCAGGAGAAAAGGAAAAAAUGCUCAUAACCAAUUUCGGUCUGUGUUUCAUCCGUCCAUUCAAUUAUUCCAUUCAAUCUAGUAAAUGAAAAAUGAAAAAACAAGUCAAUAUUUUGUUUAUUUGUUUUUCUGUAUAACCAAAAAAUAAAGAUUAGUGUUUGUUUUCGUGUUUUCAGCUCAAAACAGAAGAUAUAAUAGAGCAGGAAACAAAACGAAAUAAUAAAUCUUAUUUACAAUUAUUGAUUUUGAGUGCGCCUGUUUUGAGCAUACAUGCAUGGAGGCUACAUCAGCCUUCCCAUGAUCCUCGGUGGCAGUUACCAUGGCGAAAGAUGCGACAGAGCAGUUCGAGCGCCAAAAUCUUCCGUCGUAGCAGAGCUGUGGUUGGUCAUUUUUUCUACAGUCAUAUCUUCCUCCUUCAGCGUGACCCUCCUGGCGGCUUUGAGUAAUACGUAGAAUUGAGGUUGAGACAGUGAAAAUACAUAUGGUAUGUUGUAUCUGAACAGGUUAGCUUACGAGCUAAAGUUACUUAGCACAGAUAAAAGUUCAAACAAAGACGUUUAUCAAACUGUUAAAGCACACAAACCAUCGUCAUAUGAGAGAUCCGACACUAUGACUCUCCACAAGUCAUCCUUCAGGUCACGAAAUCUGAUUGGUCAGAAGUCGACACACAGUAUGCGAAACUUUAGAAAAUUCGACCGUGAUCUGAAAAAAUAAACGCAGUAAUAUCGCAGGACGGGAAAACGUCACUGAUGUUAACGCUUGUAUUGACAGGAUACAGGUCUGAAAAAAAAUAUUGAUGUCUGAAAUAAUCGCACAAAAAAAACGCUCCCGGUGUGAAAGGACCUUUAGAGUAAACAAAUAGAAAUUCAUUGUGUAUAUAACACACAAGAAAUAUAUAUGACUGAACAUUCAAUAUUGAAGUGUUCAAUCAAAAGAAAGUAUCAAGAGUUCAAGUGAAGAGGAAUCUCAAGUGAACUUCAAACAAUUCCCAAAAAUCAAACAUUUACAUUCCCAAACAGAGAUAAAUAACAAUCUAGUUGUGCAACAUUUGAUUGUUGUGAGUAAUUGGGUUUGUACACAAAGAAGACGGACCCUCUAAUGAUCCUGAUGUCCGUCGCGGGCCUUUGCUGUGGCUGUGAAAGUUUGUGUUGACUCCGCCGUGCCCCCCCCCCGCGACCCCCUCCCCCCACAAUGACGAGCUUUUAUCCCGUGUGAGCUGAGCGAUAGUGCCUCCAUUGUCCCUGAGCGGAGAGGCCCGGCGCGGCCCAGAGAUGCGGUUCUGAGGUGAAAAGUUGACAACCGGGGCUGCGCUUUCUAGUAUGAUGCAAUCUUUCCAGGAAACUCCAUCAUCGUCAGCUGUCGGCUUUUAACCCUUCACUAACAGGAGCAGGAACAUCCUACAGGAAAACUCCAAACGCAUAUUUAGGAAGAUUGCAGAAAUCCUCACGCUGUAGUUUCUGAGACGGUUUUCAAUCAUGCGCAAAACUCAAGAAGAUGCAAAUUCAAGCAGCUGAUUUUCUUGUGAGAAUUAAGAGUAAGGGGUCAGGCUGAUGGUUCUUUAGAUGAUUAUCAAACAUGUUGUGCAAAUGUUCAGAUUUGUACAGGGUUGAAACAUUUAGAAAUGUCUUUCUCUUAUUAGGAGGACAUCGAGUUAGCUUGUCAGCCUCCUCUGUGCCUCUCUCACCCCGUGUGUUCUUACAUCCGUGCGUGCACGUCGGCUUUUGCUGCCACUCCUGUCAGAAAACUGGACUGACGAGCCGGAUCAGAUCGCGGUCUUCUUGAAGCUGCAGCCUCAGACUCCCACAUCCUUGUUUAUUUGUUUGCAUUUUCGCCUGCGGGGAAACAAACUCUGAUCCACAACAAAAAGGCCUAAAGGAGGGGGGACGGUUUCACCUGUAGGACACCAACCCCCCUCACUGUGGGGAGUUAUCACCUGGAUGACAAUCUGAUGUGUCACAGCUGGUUUGAUAAGCACAUGUUCCCGCCCCUCACCCGCUCUAACAUCAAACAACCCGCCGUAAACUCCAGCACCUCCCCCUCACCUCCCCAUUGGUCUGUUAAGAGGACGGGUGCUUCUGGUUGUUGUCUACCUGCCUGCCUGUGUUAAUAAUUUGGUUAAUUUUCUUUCAGCGGUGGCGGCGGAGAAAGACGGGACACCCGUGUUCAAGUUUCCUCGGUGGCGAGUAAAGGGGAAACCCAUCCCAGAGGUGGUGGACGCCUACAAGAAGGUGGGCGCCGAGCUCAAUGUGAUGCCCUUCUGCUCCCAGUUCAUUCCCAUGAACAUCAUCGACAACCCAAAACACGGCUCCAUCAUCUAUCACCCCUCCAUCCUGCCGCUGCACCGAGGAGCCUCCGCCAUCAACUGGUGAGGAAUGAUCCCAGAUACGAUACGGUUUUAUACGAUUUCUUCCAGUUUCAUACGAUUUCAUACGUUAAGAUACAAUACGAUACGAUACGAUUUUAUACAAUACGAUAUCAUAUGAUACGAUACAAUUUUGUACGAUUCCUAAAAGUUUCAUACAGUUUCAUACAAUAAGAUAAGAUACGAUUUUAUAGAAUACAAUACGAUUUUAUACGAUACGAUUUCAUACGAAAUGGUAGACUUUCAUACGAUACGAUACAGCUUCAUACAAUGUGAUUUUAUACAAUCAGGUAAGAUACAAUACGAUACGAUUUCAUACAAUAAGAUACAAUAUGAUUUUAUAAGAUGUGAUACGAUACAAUUCGUUACGAUACAAUACGAUUUCAUGUGAUACGAUUCAAUUUAUUACCAUAAAAAACAAUUUCAUAUGAUGAAUUAAUAUAAAAUACGAUUUGAUGUAUUAUAGGAUUUUAUUAGAUAAGAUACGAUGGGAUUUUCGUACGAUACAAUAAAAUUUUUUACGAUAAUAUAAGAUUCGAUAUGAUUUCAUACGAUAAGAUACAGUUUCAUACAAUGCGGUUUCAUACGAUAAGAUAAAUUAUGAUUUUAUCCAGUAUGAUACGAUACAAUUCUGUAUGAUUUAAUACGAUUUCAUAUGAUCUGAUAGAAUUUCAUACGAUACAAUAUCUUAAGAUUUCAUACAACAUAAUACAAUAUGAUACGAUUUGUUAUGAUACGAUACAAUUUCAUACAAGAUACAAUACCAUUUCACACGAUAGGAUAUGAUUUCAUACGGAUAGAUAGGAUAUGAUACAGUAUGUUAUGAUUUCAUACGAUAAAUUAAUACAAUAUACGAUUGGAUAAAUUAUAGGAUUUUAUUAGAUAAGAUUUGAUACGAUUUCGUAUGAUACAAUAGAAUUUCAUACGAUACAAUACGAUUAAAUACAAUAACAUUUGGUACAAUUUCAUACGAUAAGAUACAAUAUGAUUAGAUUUCAUAUGACUCGAUUAGAUACGGCAUAAUUUCAUACGAUACGAUUCGAUUACAUACAUGAUAUGAUGUCAUACAAUUUUUAUACGAUACGAUUUCAUACAAUAAGGUUUCAUAUGAUACGAUACGAUUAGAUAUAAUACAAUUAGCUAUGAUACAAUACUGCUUCAUAUGAUACGAUAUGAUUUCAUACGAUAAUAAUUUAUACGAUACAGUACGAUUCGAUUUCAUACGAUACAAUAAGAUUUAUAACGAUACGAUUAUUAUUAGAUUUACGAUAUGAUACCCACCUUUAGUUUGUCAGACUUUUUUCAGCCUUCAGCACACGAAUCUGUGCGUCCCUGGAUUUAUGGGACAUGCCCAGACAGGAUACAAAAAGUGCAACAACACCAGGAUCACUGAUAUCACUGUUUAGAGUGAGAUUCUGGCUCAGUGCCCACGCGGAUCUAUAGUCCAACAUGAAUGACGACAGUGAGGUUUUCCUCUUGGGUUGAAUAGAUUACACAUAACAAUCAAACUAACUAAGAUGAUCACUUUAGACUUAAACGUGCUGCAUAUCAAAACCGGACUUUGUGCUGAACGGGCAGUGGCAGGUGGUCAAAGAAUCUGCAGACUUUGCGCAUUAACCAACAACUGCAGAGACCAGCCUGCAGGAGAGACUUCCGGCUGCUGCAGUCAGUCAGGGAACUGAGUCGGCGUCUUUGUUUGACACUUGUGCGGUUUUGUAGUGGGAACUUGUCUAUAGUAAUAACCCAACCCUCAUGUCUUUGAAUGCAUGUUUCUUUGCAGCAUAAAUAUGUCAAAUACUUGCAGAACAUGUAAGAAACAAUAUUUGAUCGGAGAAGAUGAUCUUUCUGAAUAUUUACUCCUAAAAUAUUAAAGACAGGUGUAUUAUAAGGAUUGAAAUAUACUCCUGAACUGUUCACUAACGUUUGUUUCUGACUAAGUGCUGAGGGAAGUAAAUGUGAGUUGCAGUUGUGCAUAUUUUAGCACAUUUCUGAACAGUGGAUGGAUAGUUGUGACCGUCUACUGUGAGAUGUGAUCAGCACGAAGCAGCUGUUACGAUGGUUUCUGGUGAAUGUUACACAAGGAGGUUAUUUCCUGCAGAAGAACUGGAAGGCUAAAGGUUUGCAGUUCACACAGAGUCAGACUCGGGUUCAGGUCAGAGUGAAGAGUGAGGGGGUUUGCUGCUAUCUGUCCGUCUAGCAGGAGGAUUAAACCAGUUCAGUUUGACCCCAACCCCCCUGAGCGAGCUGGUUUUCUUAUCUCUACCCACACUAGUUUGUAUUCGCUCCACCCGCUCCACUAUCUCUGCGUCCUGUUAUCACUCAGAGUAAAUGAAUGGCUUCUGUUUGUUUACAGCUGUUGUGACUUUUCUGCAUUUCUGAAUCAGACUCUGAAGACUUUUGAUGCUCUGUAGUUCACUGUUUUUACUUGUGUGACAUGAAAGUGUGUCAGCCUGUUACUCUAAGUUUGACGGUGUUGGUCUUUGUGUUUCCACGUUCACCUUUUAUUUCCUCCUUAUCUCUCCUGCUCCACUAACUCAGGUUUAUGGUUUCCUUUAAAUCCCCCACCUGCUCUAAAAACACCUGUGUUAUGGCACCGCUCCAACAUUUUUUUGCUCUGCGUUUGUGCGCCACCAGGACUCUGAUCCAGGGAGAUAAGAAGGCCGGCUUCUCUGUGUUCUGGGCCGACGAUGGGCUGGACACCGGACCAAUCCUGCUGCAGAGGGAGUGCGCUGUGGAGCCCAAUGACACCGUGGACUCGCUCUACAACCGCUUCCUCUUCCCUGAGGGCAUCAAGGCCAUGGUGAAAUACACACGCAUCCAUCUGAACCUUUUCCAGCUUAUCUGGAGAAGACUAAGAACCUCCCAGACUGAGCUGCUCUGUUGUUUCCCGGUGUAGGUGGAGUCUGUGCAGCUCAUCGCUGACGGGAAGGCUCCUAAAGUUCCUCAGACGGAAGAGGGAGCGAGCUACGAGGGCAUUCAGAAGAAGUCUAACGCCAAGGUCAGCAUCCCCGCUCUGCAGAAGCACAAUUCAGCAGUGCAGCGGGCCUUUGUGCUUUUAUACUGAAUAUGCACCAACAUGAUAUUAAUGUCAACGGUCAUUUUAAAAAGUGAAAUAUUGAUAUUGUGCUAAAAACCUGCAUUUGGUGAUUCAGCGUUAGUAACACGCUCACAGCAGGGGGCAGUAGCGAGUCUUUAUGCUGGUGUCCAAACUUGCCUCAGCUCGUCAAAGUCAGACAAAGUCGUGAGGGAGAAAUCGCAGACCGCUGGACACGGUGUUGUCAACCUAGCGGCUUUGUCACUAGAUUUAGCAACUUUUCAGAUUCCCUCCGAUCAACUAAUUUUCAAAAAAGCGCCGAACGACAAAUCUAGCGACUUUUUCCGGAGUUUAGAGACACUAACAUGAAAGCAGGUGGAUGUUCUCAAGGUGUAGCCGGUCAAGAUAACUCUCUUUUGUUUGUCUGAACCUUCAUCACAUUAUUGAUAACCUUGAACAAACAAACUCAAAUGAAAUAAGUAAAGACUCUGCACUGGAGAAAAACAAACUAUUUGCUUUCUGUAAAAAGUGUCAGUCAUGAUAAAGUGUCUGUUUGAUACAAAUGUAAAUAUAAAAAUAAAGUGUUGAAAGGUUAAACAGCUGCCGUAGGAUAGUGCCGGUGCAAAAGCAAAACUAAAAACUAAUAAAUAAAUAAAUGUGUUCAUGUCUGUGCUCACCGAAAGUCAUUUAACACUCACAGAAAACGCCGAUAGUGUGAACCAAAGACCUCAAUAUGAAGAGGCAUAAACUGGAGGUCCACCAGCUCUCUUCCUCGUCGUCCAAAAACAUUCCUCUCAUCCACAAAUCACGAUCUUGUGGCCCAGGAGGUUCAAAAUUGUGGCCGUCACCGUCAUCCGAAGCUGCUCUCUGCCUCCGUCAUUGUUUACUUUCCUCAUAAAGCACUUAGCAAGAUCCGAGCAUGAAUCCGGUCGCUUUAUUUAGCUUUAUUAGCCUGUCAGAGGCAGACGGGUAUGAGGAUCUGAUUUGCCACGACUCCAGAAAUGAUUGAAAAACUACAGAAAGUUACAAAAUGACGUAUCUGCGCUCCAAGCUUGGAAGGUUGAAAUGCGUACACGCUGUCUCGGUUUAAAUGAGUUAAAGUGCCAAAACAAAAAUACGUCAGUAUGUUAAAAAAUGAUGUGGAUCAAAGUCACUUUUGUUGUAAGUUUAGUAAUCAGUCAAGUUUGUGAAGAAACAGUCUGAAGUUGCUCCGCCUGGGGUUGACACGAUACUAAAAUUUUAAACUCGAUACCAUUUUCGAUACUGCGGGAUCAAAUGACAAAUACUUUAAAAGGGAUAAAAAAUAUCAGUUUAUCAACAUGAAAAACAGAACAGCUGAUAAAUAAUCAUUAAAAAAAUGUGAUUAUUAAAAAAUCAGAAAAUGAAAAAUAUAAAAAAAUAAACAAGACAAUCACUUUUUCACUGUGAACCCAGGUUUAUUUUGAAGCUUCAGGAGACUUUAGAUCAAACUUUCUCAGACAGUAGUGGAGGAGGAGGCUGGGGUUUCUUCGGUUUUGUUGCAGGUCGACUUCUCUCUGCUUCAGUCUGUAUCUACGAGAAAACCCGUUCGAGUCACGUUAGCAAAUCUUCGUCUAAUGGCUACUAACAAAAACAAACAACGGCUACUGCGGAUUAAUGCUGGCCACCGGCUCGACUAACAUCAUUAAUCAGACAGGAAGGUAAAGGAUGAACAGGAGCUUUACCAGCUAUCGGCACAUAAGUAUCGAUACUUGACAACUCUAGCUCCACCUUUGUUUGGCUGAUGGUGUUGUUUUACUCCAAGCUUUGUCUAAAUAUCAUGAUAACAUCUGUCCAUGAGUUCUUCUAGCUGAGUGACGCCUCUGUGACACGUUAUAAGGGUGCACGAGUACCACCCUGGACUGGUCCGACUAUAUAAAUAGGGUUUUUGUGAGCAACUAUCUGGUUACGGCUCUGAACCGUCUCUCAGACUAACAUCGAUAAGCAGAGUUCGACUCCUGAAAUCCUGAGAAAUCUUCUUCAAAGAUCAUGUUUGUUUCAUACCUGUGCAGCGCUCUGCAGCCUCACUGAGACGCUGGAAGAGCCUCGCUGACUAAACUGUGACAGCAGAAGAAAUUAAAGAUGGAGGCUGUGAUGAGUUUGUGAGGUAAAACAACGGUGUGUUUUUAGACUCUUCGAUCUAAACUGAGCCGAACUGCAGAAAAUCGUCAAUUAUGACCUGAAUAUACAGAAGAGAGCUGAGGCCGCACCUUGACGUGUUCUGACGAGUUAAUCUGUGUUUCUGAAUCUUGUAUUUUCCAGCAGAGUUAUUGUCCACACCUAAACGUCACGACCUUCAGCAGCAGAUGUUGGUUUUGGAGACACCGCACACCGAUAUGAUUCAUUAUUGACCUCCUCUGGACACUGAGAGCCUCUCUGUGCCCAAACUCUUACAUAAUCAAAGUAAACGGCUUGUUUUCUGCCGCUUCAGCCUCUCUGUGCAACAGCACCUUCAUUCACAGACCGGCCUGGAAAUUUACCCAGAGUCCAGAAGAUUCAGAGCCAAAUGUGUCAGAUUGUGCCUCGGGAGGCGGGGCCGGUCUCUGCCUCCCUCUGAUUCGUCUCUCCGGGCCACGUCUCGGCGCGCUAUUCUUAGCCCGCAGGGUUACUUUCCAGCUUCGUUUUUUCCACGUGUCCCUCGCAGAGUGGCAGCCAGCUGUUGGGCUUCCCUCUGGUUCUCAGAAAGCGUCUCUGAAAAUGAAUCUGAACCGUCAGCAUUUGGACUCUGGUGUCUCUCUGUCCCUCAGGUCAACCUGGCCCAGCCGGCAAAGGCCAUCCACAACUGGAUCCGAGGACAUGACAAAGUCCCCGGGGCCUGGACGCUCAUCAACGGUCAGGUGUGUUUCCUGGAACACACACACACACACACACACACGCACACACUCAUGAAUGAUCCCAUUGUCACACCGCGAUAAUAAAACUCGGGGUACUCGAACCUGCUGCUGUUUCGGAGUUUAAAGUCUGCACAAAUACUGACAGACAGAAACGUGUGUGUGUGUGUUAACCUCGUCUGUGUGUCCUCAGUCCGUCACUCUGUACGGCUCGUCCAUGUUGGGGGGGUCGGUCCCAGCCGGUCAGCCCCUGGACAUCGAGGGAGCGUCUCAGCCGGGCCUGGUCACCAAGAACGGACUGGUCCUGUACGGGACCGACGGGAAAGCGGUGAGUGUCCCCGCUUUACCUCUGAACACAAACGAGUGUGUCUGCCUUCAGGAUGUCUGUCCCUGAUGUUUACCCCCCCGCCCCCGUGUUUGACCCUCAGCUGCUGGUGAAGAACCUGCAGUUUGAAGACGGGAAGAUGAUCCCGGCGUCCAAAUACUUCUCAUCAGGGGAGAGCUCGAGCGUGGAGCUGACGGAUGACGAGAAGAAGAUGGCGGAGGAGAUCAGGGUAAAACGGCGAUGACUCUUUCGCCUGAAUCGACUCCAGAUCACUGAAAGCUAAACCGUCAUGUCUUUGUCUGUCACAGAACAUCUGGAAGGGCAUCCUCAGCAACGUCCCCGCCGUCGAGGACGCCACAGACUUCUUCAAGUCCGGAGCCGCCUCCAUGGACGUGGUCAGGUGAGAGAAUCGGGGUCUCAGGUCUGAUACUCCAGCCGCCUCUGUGGACUCUGACCCGGCUCCUCUUUGCAGGCUGGUGGAGGAGGUGAAGCAGAAGUGUCCUGACGUGCAGCUGCAGACUGAAGACGUCUACAUGGCCACCACCUUCCAGGACUUCAUCCAGAUGUUCGUCCGCAAGCUGAGAGGAGAGGACCAGGAGGAGGAGCUGGUCAUCGACUACGUGAGUCCACCGGUUUUCACUUGGUGGUUUUAAGAUCUGGAGGGUGAAGGUGUCGACGUUUGUUGAUUGUCGAAUUUUACAGGCAACCAAAGAGGUGAACAACAUGACGGUGAAGAUGCCGAAUCAGUGCUUCAUCAACGGGAAGUUUGAGGACGCCGAAAACGGAAAGAACUACGACACCAUCAACCCCACUGACGGAUCUGUGAGUCACAUGAUCCCCCUGAAAUCCUGACCCUCGUCUAAAAAGGUUUAAUUGGAGCUCGUUUGUCUGCAGGUCAUCUGUAAGGUGUCCUACGCCUCAGUGGGGGACGUGGACCGGGCCGUGGCAGCUGCCAAAGAGGCGUACGAAACCGGAGCGUGGGGCAGGAUGAACCCCAGAGACAGAGGAAGUCUGCUUUACAAGUGAGUGGCUCCACCUAGAGGACUAAAGUGGGAUUAUAUAACCAAACAAACCACACAGGUCUGAGUUCCUCAGGGCGAGGAUCAGGUCUUCUCAAGUCCACAAACCAAAAACUGACCCCUCAGUAGGGCUCCACCUAAAGAUUAUUUUUUAUCGAUUAAUUUAAUGAUUAUUUUUCUGAUUAGACGACCAAUCUAUCGACUAAUUUAUCAAUGAUUUUAAGGGUUAUUUUUUUAUUGACCGAUUAAUAUGACGAUAAAUUUAACCAAAAUAACGAUUAAAACUUGUCCCUUUAGUAUUUAAUUCAAUAAUUUAGUCAAGAUUCUCUUGAAAUUAAACAAAACAAAAACAGUUCAGUUCUUUGUGAAUGUAAAUAAACAUUGAUAAAAAUGAACAUUUUAGUUUAUUUUAGUUUACCUAAAGUCAAGUCAAGUAACACUCAGCCAACACUCAGGAAAAAAUCUGAUAAACGAUUAAUCGGACAAUUUUGUAAUUUUUUUAUGAAGUUAUAAAAAAUAUAUAUAUACUGUAUGUACAGUAUACUAUAUACUGCAGAUACACUCUAGGCUACUGCUCUGACCGACUGAUCAAACUCGGACCAGAAAAGCGUUUUCAACCCUCGCUCAAUCAAACUCGCGUCCCUCCAUGUCUUAACUCACGUUCUUCAUUUCCGGUCCGGUCUCAUCUGGAGACCUGCAGCUGCCUCAGUCAGAGUUCGUAUCUCGAUCACUAAUGUGUUCUUUUGUUUAUUCUACCGUUACUGACACGGCUAACUGUGUAGCAAGGCUAAUAGCAGCUCCUCCUUUCGAUCUAUAGAUGUAUUCUUCGUAGCUUCCUCGCUCACAUUUCCAAGAUGGCGCUGCUAUCAUUCAAGGAAACAUGCAGUGACCUGUCAAUCAAAUAACCCCCCGCUGGUGCAGCGAACGCCACAGUGAACGCUGCAUCAUACGUCCUGCAUCCCCGUAUCUAAUUCAUUCACUUUAGGCAGUUAGCUCGGAGUUGAAGCAUCAGUUUUGUGUUUUUAUUUGUCCGAUAACUCGCUAAUUAAUCAGCCGUGUGAUCGCCAACGAUAGCUCACUAAUGCUAAUACUCGGCGCACGCGAGUUCCAAUGCACACGUGUAUACUGAUACACGAGUCCGAGGUAGAUCCACUUAAGAAAAAAACUCGUUUUUAAAGUGUGGCGGCUUUUGUUUAACCGUGGUGGUGCGCCACGAUCGGUUGCAUAAAGGGGAAACGCUGAUAUCUAGCGCCGUGUCGUACUCACCGAUGUAAACAAACACUGUUGCUAGCAUUAUGUCGACCGCAGCCCACAAUGCAUUUCGUCAUAUUGUACCUUUUUGGUUGGUUGAGCGGCACUAAGCGGGUGGCACAGUGGUGUAGUGGUUAACACUGUUGCCUUACAGCAAGAAGGUCACGAAAUUGGCCACUCUCAAAUUGUGAAUGUGAGCGUGGAUGGUUGUUCGUCUCUGUAUGUCGGCCCUGCGAUGAACUGGCGACUUGUCCAGGGCGUCCCCUGCCUUCACCCGAAGAUGCUGGGAUAGGCUCCAGCCAUUUUCUAUGUCAUCAUGCGACAAGUCGACGCAUGUAUUUUGCGUCAACGGAUUUUUGUAGUCGUUUACGUCGAUUGCGUUGACGAAUCUCCCCAGCCCUACCCCUCAGUGACUUCGUAAACCUCUCACUCUUCACCUCCUCCUCCUCAAGGCUCGCCGACCUGAUGGAGGAGCACCAGGAGGAGCUCGCCACCAUCGAGUCCAUCGACUCCGGAGCCGUGUACACGCUGGCGCUCAAGACACACGUGGGCAUGUCCAUCCAGACCUUCAGAUACUUCGCCGGCUGGUGUGACAAGAUCCAGGUGGGUGAGCUCUCGGGUCCACAGAGUCCAGGUCUAAAAAGUUGUUCAGUAUGAAACCAGGAACACGUGCGUGUGUGUUUGUUUAUCGUAGGGUAAGACCAUCCCCAUCAACCAAGCCAGACCCAACCGCAACCUGACCUUCACCAAGAAAGAACCUCUGGGGUAAAGAGUCCGGGUCCGAACAUCUGUGAGCGCCUCUUUUAUUUGGCGUUUUAACUGAACGCUGUGUCUCUCCUUCCUGUGACAGCGUGUGCGCCAUCGUCAUCCCCUGGAACUACCCACUCAUGAUGCUGGCGUGGAAGAGCGCGGCCUGCCUGGCAGCUGGAAACACGCUCGUUCUCAAACCUGCACAGGUGAGCUGGCCGCCCGCCGCUUUGUUCCAUCAAAGAGUUUCAGUUUGAUUUCCCGUUUUCAAACUUCAUCUCGCUGUUUCUAGGUGACCCCGUUAACGGCGCUGAAGUUUGCCGAGCUGUCAGUCAAAGCCGGGAUCCCUAAAGGAGUGAUAAACAUCUUACCGGGUUCAGGUCUGAGCACAGAUCCAGGAUCCACAUGGUCCCUUUUUCCUUUUUUAAAAGUAAAAGUGUUAAAAAUGUGUUUUCUGUCCUGAAGGUGGGAUGGUGGGUCAGCGUCUGUCCGACCAUCCAGACAUCAGGAAGUUGGGCUUCACCGGCUCCACGCCCAUCGGCAAACAGAUCAUGAAGAGGUUCGAUCUGACGAAUCAGACGUCUCAUUUCUCGGAGGUGAAAAUUCACACGUGUCGUAUUUUUGAAGUAACCUGUGAUUCUGUGCCGCAGCUGUGCCGUCAGUAACCUGAAGAAAGUUUCUCUGGAGCUCGGAGGGAAGUCGCCGCUCAUCAUCUUUGGAGACUGUGACAUGGACAAGGCCGUUCGCAUGGUGAGAGAGCGGAGAGCGGGAGGACUCUGAACCAGGGUCCUCCUUAUAAACAAUUAUCAGCAUUAAUUAGUGUUUGUAACGAGGACUCGGAACCAGGGUCCUCCUUAUAAACAUUAAUCAACAGUUAGUAAGACGUUAUAAACAAUUAUUAGUGUUAAUAAGUGUAUAUAACGAGGACUCUGAAACAGGGUCCUUCUUAUAAACAUUAAUUAAUAGUUAGUAAGACCUUAUGAACAAUUAUUAGUGUUAAUUAGUGUUUAUAAAUUAUUAUUGCUUAUAAAACACUUAUGGGCUCUCAUUAUAAACUUUCUGAUAGUUUAUAAACCUGUUAUAAACAUUAAUUAACAGUUAGUAAGACGUUAUAAACAAUUAUUAGUGUUAAUAAGUGUAUAUAACGAGGACUCUGAAACAGGGUCCUCCUGAUAAACAAUUAUUAACAGUUAUUAAGACCUUCCAAACAAUAAUUAGCGUUUAUAAGUGUUUGUAAAUUAUAAUAGCUUACAAAGCACGUACAGGCUCUCUUUAUAAACUUUCUAAUAGUUUAUAAAGCUGUUAUAAACAUUAGUUAACAGUUAGUAAGACUUUAUAAACAAUUAUUAGUGUUUAUUAGAGUUAAUAAAUUAUUAAAGUUUAUGAAGCACGUACAGGCUCUCUUUAUAAACCUUCUAAUAGUUUAUAAAUAGUUAUAAACAUUAAUUAACACUUAUUAAGACAUUACAAACAAUUAUUAGUGUUGAUUUAAACAUUUAUAUUGUUUAUAAUGCACUGAAAAGCUCUCUUUAUAAACUUUCUAAUAGUUUAUACAUCUGUUAUAAAAAUAAAUAAACAGAAAGUUAGACCUUAUAAACAAAUAUUAAGGUUAAUAAGUGUUUAUAAACCUGUUAAAAACAUUAAUUAACAGUAAGGGAGACCUUACAUAAAAUUAUUAGUGUUUAUAAACCUGUUAAAAACAUUAAAUAACAGUAAGUGAGACCUUACAUAAAAUUAUUAGUGUUUAUAGGUUAUUAUUGCUUAUAAAACACAUACACACUCUCAUUAUAAACCUAAUAGUUUAUAAACCUGUUAUAAACAUUAACUAACAGUUAGUUAGAUUUUAUAAACAAAUAUUAUUGUUAAUGAGUGUUUAUAAAUUAUUAUUGCUUAUAAAACACUUACAGGCUCUCAUUAUAAACCUUCUCAUAGUUUAUAAACCUGUUACAAACAGUGAAAUAAGAUGUGUAUUAACAUUUUGUUGAAGUUAAUUAGAGCUUAAUUAUAGGGGAGCGUAUGAGCAAUAAUAAAUGUUGUAAUUAUAAUAAAGGCUCAUACAGUUAUAUUCAGGUUCAUAAAUGUCUGAUUGAAUUUUAAAAGCUGUUUAAACUCUAAGGUGUGUUACAGGUUAAUGUUUAUUACUGUUUAAUUAACUCUUAUUAAGUCAAAUAAUAAUUAAUAAUAACCAUCAAUAACCAAUAUGUGUGUGUGUGUGUGUGUGUGUGUGUGUGUGUGUGUGUGCAGGGUAUGAGCUCCGUGUACUUCAACAAAGGAGAGAACUGCAUCGCCGCAGGACGUCUGUUCGUGGAGGACUGCAUCCACGACGAGUUCAUCAGCCGAGUGGUGAGUGAGAGCGGCUCUCGUUUCCACAUGACGGUGUCAGUUUGAGCAAAAAACUCCUGAAAAUGAUCGACUCUUUCCCUCAAAGGUGGAGGAGAUCAAGAAGAUGAAGAUCGGAGACCCUCUGGACCGCUCCACAGACCACGGCCCUCAGAACCACAAAGCUCACCUGGACAAGCUGCUGGAGUACUGCGAGGUGGGGCUGAAGGAGGGCGCCACGCUGGUGUACGGAGGGAAGCAGGUGGACAGGCCAGGUAAGAAACACGGGACGGAGAUCUUCUUCUUCUUCUGAGGAAAAAGACGGCAGUGAAGAGUAAGAGUUUGACGAAAGAAACCGUGUCGUCCUCCUUCAGGCUUUUUCAUGGAGCCCACCGUGUUCACCGACGUGGAGGAUCACAUGUUCAUCGCCAAAGAGGAGUCCUUCGGCCCCGUCAUGGUGGUGUCCAAAUUCAAAGACGGGUAAGUCAUCCAGGAACCUUCUAAAGAGGUCAGCAUGAGGUCCAGACCGAAGAUAACCUCUCUCUCUCUCUCUCCGUGCAGAGACGUGGACGGCGUCCUGCAGAGAGCCAACGACACAGAGUACGGCCUGGCGUCAGGCGUGUUCACCCGCGACAUCAACAAGGCCAUGUACGUGAGCGAGCGGCUGGAGGCGGGAACGGUGUUCGUGAACACGUACAACAAGACCGACGUGGCUUCGCCGUUCGGAGGCUUCAAACAGUCCGGCUUCGGCAAAGACCUCGGUGAGUGGAGACGGAAAAAACCCCGAAGAGAGUCUGAGGAUCUGUUUUCCUGUUUUUAGACGAUCAAGUUUGAUUUGUGUUGGUUCUGAACGUCCGUGUGUUUAUUAUCGAGUGUGUUAAUAAAACGUCUCUUUGUUUCGUCGUCUGCAGGAGAGGACGCUCUCAUGGAAUACCUCAAGACCAAAGCAGUGACUGUGGAGUACUAAAACUCUGAACGAACUCUGACCCACAUCGGUCUGCUUCAGUCAGACAUCCAGCUACAUUCUGCAGGACAGCGUGUGUGUGUGAGAGUGUGUGAGAGUGUGUGUGAGAGGAGAGCGUUGUUGUCCGUCUCAGUUUGGACAGCGUGCCCGUCUUUUCUUGGCUUUCUGCGUGAAAAUGGGACAUGGUUAAAAAAAAAAAAGGGACGCCUGGUUUCUACCCUUCUGUGUUUCGACACACCGAACCCCGAGCUGGACGCCUGAUGGGAGCCGAGCGUGAUCCGACUGUAUUUUCAAAUAAAAGGUGUGUUUUAUGUUAAAACACACUCGCUGUAGUCAACCUGAAACCUAUUUUUAAGACGUUUAUCAGAGUCGCCGCUGUUCUGUUUGUCUGUAAACUACAUUGUGCCAUGAGGUCAAAAUCUUCGGUGGUUUAAAGGGAAAAUUUAUGAUUUUAAAACGAAGAGCCGCGAAUUUAUUUAUCGGAGGAUUCGGCGUCAAACAGAAACCAGAAGUUUGGAGGAGAUUUCUUUCAUUGUUUGGUGUAAAACCAGCGAAAAAAAUCCUGGUUUCAUCAAAGUACAUCCACUAAAAUGUUCUUGUUCUUUUCACCUACUGGCUCAGUCUUAUUUUGUCCACAGGGGGGCGCCAUAACUCCUCACAGGGCUAGAAUCAGUAGCAGAUUAGAUUUUUAUUUUCUUCAUUAUUCUGAGAUAAUCGUCUCGUUAAAUUCAGAAAAACUGGAUUUUUUUUCAGACACUCGGAGCCUGUAAGAGGAAGAACAUGAACGCUUCACGGACGAUCGACGAGAUUACAGCGGUCGUCGUUUUUGUCUUCAGAUCUCUGAGGUCAGGAGUUCACCUUUACACUCACAGGAAGAGGAGGGAUUGAUUACUGGAAGAGUUUUAUUUUUAUUGAUAAUUAAAGUCUUAAAGAGGAGAAAGGAACCAAUACGAGGAAGCAGAAAAAGCAUCCUGCAGACUUCUGAGUCUCUUUUAAUUUUUAUGAUCACUACAAUCGUUUUUUUUUUUUACACAUAUAUAUUUAAGAUGCAGAAGUCCUGAUCAGUUUAGUCACGAAUGUUCAGAAGAUGACAGUCGAACUUCGUCAAAUACGACACAGAAAUCACGACGAUGAAUCAGCUGUCCGGCGAGUUUCAGGGGAAGUUGAUAAAAACUGAAAGUUAAUCUCAUAAAAGACUCACAAACACAUGCGUGUGUAGAAAGUUGACUCUUCUCGUGUCAAAUUUGACUUUUUAGUAAAUAUUUUUGACAAAAGAGCGAUAAUUUGAUCUAUUUUUGUCCAACAGGGAGACUCUGACGUUUGAUGAUAUUGGCUAACUUCACGCCUGUAAGAUGUUUUUCACGUGAAACAGCCGUAAAGACGGUUUUCUAUUCAGUGAAGGCAGCAGGGGCGAAGAGGGGUUUGUUUUUCAGCCACUGAUGUCAGAAAAAAAACGGUGAAUAAAUCUUGAUUUGAAUUUUAUUUGUUGGUGCUGUUCAUUGUGAAGCUUCAUUUCUAAACCAUUUAAUGCGUUUCUGAAACAUGUGAUUGCACAUUUUAAACACGGGAAUGAUUCAAAAGUCUCUUAUCUGCAGUGAAGGACAGAAAUGUGGUCCAAUCAUACGUUCAUCUCUGCACCAGAACACUUCAACUCCAGCUCUUUAAAUGUCCAGAAGCCUCAGGAAAUCUGAACUCUGAAUGUUUUUUUUAACUCAAGUCUUUAAUUAAACAGAAUUUUUCAGUAUUUGAUUAUUUUGCUCUUUUAAAUAUAAAGUUUCGAUGAUUUUUAAACCAUCAGAUUCUGUUUUUAUCAGCAGCCUGGUCAGAGAUGAGGAUGUGACUGCCUCAUAACUCAGCUCUGUCUGUUUCUACUAAAAGAAAAUCGACUCGGCUUUAACCUAAACUGAUGAAAACAGUCCAAAAUCAGUGUUAUCAAUACAUGUGGUAUAACAGAGAAGAGAGACGGGGUCGGCUGAUUUCAUUCCAGCUGAUCACUGGAGCACCUGCAGCUCCAAAGGCACGUCUGAUACAGAAGAGGCUGAUGUUCACCGUCGCUCCACUCAGCAGAUUCACGUGUCUGUGAAGGUGAAAAUCACCUCUGGACAGUCUCACUCACAUCCCCUCUCAGAGUGAAGAAACUCCGUCUGCAGCAAAAGUCCGAGCAGACGCCUCGUCUACUCUCCCUCCUGAGCGACAACCUGGAUGUUCACGUUCUUCUUCCUGCUUUUGUCUCGGGGUAAUUUUAAGUUCUCCUCUGAGAUCUCACUCUCCUCAGACGAGUCCGAGUCUUCAUCAGACGAGUCUGAAGUCUCCUGUUCUUCUUCAGAGUCACUGUCUGAGCCGCUGAGCUCCACCAGAGCUACAUCCUGAAGGAAAUCACACAUGGUUACAGUCGCACAUCUCCGGGAAUUUUCAAAGUUGGAAACUUUUCGUGGGAAUUAACGGGAAUAAAUCUGAAAUGUACAAAAUUGAAGGUUGGCCCUGAGCAGGGAACUUAGAUAUAGUUGGUGAAAAUAUCUCGUAUUCCCAAUAAUUCCUAUGAAAAGUUGACUAUUUGGAUUAUUUCCAAAAUCCCCCAGUUUAACUUCUCAUGGAAAGUUUCUGGAAAUUUUCCGCCCAUUUGCAACCCUA